AUGGCUGAAGAAGGAGCAGCUACUGUGGGGGCGUCUGAAAAGGUGAUACACACGUAUCCGCUUAUUAGGCAUUCUGACAUGUCUGAAGAGAUGAGGAUAGAGGCCAUGGAGUUGUCCGUGACAGCGUGCGAGAAGUACUCCCAGAACAACGAGCUAGCGGCGCGCAUGGUAAAGGAAUCAAUGGACAAAAAGUUUGGCCCCGCAUUUCACGUCGUGGUCGGCGAGAGCUACGGUUUCGAAAUCACGUACGAAUGUACCACUAUUUGUUACAUGUAUUUUGGUGGUAACCAAGCGAUUUGCAUAUGGAAGUGUUCGUGAAGACGAUGUUUUGUGUAAACUUUAAAUGGACUGGAGAAGUGUGAUUGGUCAUGCGCUAAUAGGGUUGGCGUCCGUCCGGUUUCUUAAUCGAAUGUGUCAAAAUUUAGGGUUGUGCGAAUUUUGAACGAAUUGAAAUAGAUAUUUUAAGGAAUCGUUUGAUUCAAUUAUUCGCACUCCCUAGUCGAGAAAUAUAUCUUAUAUGUUUCACUUGUACCUCAUUCAACUUGCGAUACAAUCGUCAUUCAGCACUGACGUCUGAAUGGGACACUCAGCCUUGGGCCAGAAAGGAUUGCUACAAUUUUGGGCAUAUAAUAUAAGCUAUCUAACAGAUAUUUAGAGGUGUCUAGUGGUUACGCCAAAGCAGAACACAAUUGUCACCACCCCCUCUCUUCGCGCUGGUGUUCUACGAAGCGACUUAGGGAAUAUUUUAACGAUUUAAUUAAGAUAUGUUCAGAAUCUGCGGUUGGAAGAGGCCUUUAUUUCAGCAGUGGACUAUUAUAGCCUGCUCAGGAUGAUUAUAUCUAAAGAACUACGGCUAGAUAAAGUAUUGAAGAUAUUAAUG